AUGGCGACCGCGCCGUCGCCCGCGACGAUGUCUCCGGACGCCGACGACGUCGAGGGCGUGGACGAGGUCGAGCGCGCGAGGCGCGAGCGGUUGCUCGAGCGCGUGGCGCGUUUAGGUUUUUUUGGUCGCAUCGCGCGGGACGUGCGAAGAAACGUCUUGCUCAUGGAGAGCGACUCCGAGGACGAUUACGACACGGAUGACGAAGAUAACGUCGAUGAGGUCGGUCGCGAGGGCGAAGGGAGCGCGUGGUCGAACCGAGUCGGGAACUCGAGGGAGGAUGAGUUGGAGCGGAUGAUCACCACGCUGACGAGCGCGAAAGACCUCGCACGGGAGAUUGGCGGGUCGGAAGAAUCUGUCCCGAAGGAAGACGCAGAAGAGGCAAGCGUGGUUGAAUCGGUCGGCACAAUGUUAAACGAACUGGGAAAAACGGGUGCGGCGAUGUUCAUGUCGGGGCACGUGGAAGAGGACUCAACUUCGGCGGCGGGGCUCAUCUUCGCCGACGUGUCGCAUUGCACCUCCCUGAAGGGAGUGUUCGUACGAGUUCGCAUCGAAUCCGGUCGUAAGUUAUUGGCGAUGGAUUCGGGCGAAACGUCCGAUCCGUACGUGAAGGUGUCCAUCGUGAACAGCUCCGGAGUGCCUAUAACAGGACAGGUGCAUCGAACGGGCUAUCGCCCGAAAACGCUCAAUCCGGUGUGGGACGAAUCGUUCUAUAUGGGGCACGAAUCGCUCAAGUUGAAAGAAUGCUCCAUGCGAAUUGAUGUUUACGACUACGACAUCAUGUCGGCGGACGAUCACAUGGGCUACGCCGUUUUGCCUCUGAAUAUAUUCAGUACUGGUACAGAAAAGAACGUUCCUCGUGCGUUGAAGUUGAAGCCAGGGCGAGUCGAUUUCGAUCACGGACAUUACGUUGAACUACGUCCGAGUAAGCUGAGUGUAUGUUUCAAGCUGCAACAGCCAAAGAAAAUGGCACUGUUGGUUGAGGAAGCCAGAGCCAUGCUAGCGUUCGCAAAGACGCUCAUCAAUCCGAGGAAUAUUGGCAAAAGCUUGAGCCAGAGCGGGAUCGGAUCGUGGUUUAACUCCAAGAUAGAGCAAGCAAUGGAGAUUGGGAAGCGAAAAGCUCUCAGAAUCAUCGACACAACCAUCGAGGAAAAGAAGAAGAAAGUCUCCCAACUAGCAGUGGCGGACCGCGACAUGCCGCAGUUCAUAAAAGGUUACCUCAGUGGGGUCAUUAACAUGUAUAUCAAUGACAUUCAGACGAGUUUCAUGAGUGAGUUAAGCAUAAGAAUGAAAAUCCUUGAGAGUGCCAAGACGCAAGCGACUUCGCUGGAGGCAAAAGCGUUAGAUCAUAGGAUCAGAAAGAAACGUAAUGGGGUGCUGGGUCGCAUCGGUGCGUUCUUCGACGGAAUUCGCUGUUGGUAUCUGUACAACGAAGUUCCUCAAGAUAAAACAGUUUUCGGGAAGGUGCGUAACCCGUAUUGGUGGAUAUUUCUCUUUGCCAAACUCUAUUACGGGCUGGGCUUUCAGGCGCUCAUUUUCCUUAUCCGGCUUGCGCUCGUGGACAAGCGAGACGAGUGGCAAAUGUUUGAGUUCAUCAUGGUCUUCAAGGGUAUUCAGUUUGUAUCCGGCACGAUAUCUGUCUUCGUCGGCGUCUUUGCUUUCAUUGAAUGCGCUGGAGUCAUCGAUAGCGGGAUGGCGCACACGUGCGAUACGCGCGGGCCGUGGGUGACAGAUAUGGAGUCGUGCGCUAUCGGGACGUCUAAUUGUGUGAAGUUGAACGUUGCCGCUUAUGGUAUGCGAAUCAUCAUGUGCUGGUACGCGUUUCACAAGCUGAAGAACUCUUUCGCGUUUGGACGGGCCAUCGCGGGCGACACGACGCUCGUCGGGGGCACCAUCAUGAUUACAGUGGUCAGACCUGGGUCGAAGUUCAAAACAGCCAACUCCCUUGCGGCUUGUUUCAAUCGCUUAACAAACAGACGGAGUAAAGAGAAACCGAUCGAUCGCUUCCGUCGCAUCGUAGACAAGCAGCUGGAUGUGAUCGCAAGGGAAAGAUCCAUUCGCGGUGGUACCGGACGCUCAAACGGACUUCGAGGCUUCCACUACGUUCAACGUCGUGCCAAGGUGAAGGCGUACGACGAAGGGACGGGCUUGCACACUAUCUAUUACAAGGACGACAAAUCGAAAACUAAAACGCAAGUGGAUUUGAGCGCAACGACUUAUACGGUGGUCAAGCUGAAAAACAUGAGUCCGCGUCGACUCCAGCGCAUACUUUUCUGUUACGAGUUGAUCACGUUCGUAAUCACCGCUGCGUGCACGAUACAGUUUUUGCAUUGGAUCGACUGGGGGAAGGGCCAAACGUGGCAAAUCUACGGCGUCGCUUUCUGGGCUCAGACGCUGUACAACCUUUUAGCUUUUCCGUUCAUCUUGACCGUGGUUCCAGGUUUGAACAAAUUAAUCUGCCACGCCCCAAAGACGGGAUACGACCGCAAGGGCUACCUCCGACAAUUCAAAAAGCGUUCGCACUUCGAACAAGACAUCACGGACGAGCCCAGUCCUCGCUCGAGGUGCCUUCCGAUGUGCUACCCUUUUAUCAAAACCUGGCGCGUUUAG